AUGGUUUCAAUUUUCACCCUGGUGCUUGGUCUUGGAUGUGCCGUAAUAGCUUCUGCGCAUCCACCGAACUAUCAUUCAUCGCCUGACAGACUUACCUCGCGUGCCAAUGCUGGUGAGCAAAUUUUUCUCGGAAGAUUCAUCUCAACACCCACGCCAGACGAACUGUUGAUACAACAGGGUGCAGUACUCGUCUCUAGUGCAGACGGAAGAGGAGUGAUCAAUGCUGUCGCUUGGAAUGUGAGUAGUCCAGCCGCGGCUAUCACAGCCCUUGGGGCAGCCAACGGAACCACAGUUGUCACUUCCAAUGAUCAAGGAUUCUUUUUCCCAGGCUUCAUAGAUGGACACAUCCACGCUCCGCAAUAUCCCAAUCUGGGACUGUUUGCUGGAACAUUGCUUGACUGGCUGCAGGCAUAUACCUUCCCCAUGGAAUCUAGUCUUGGUAAUGCUAGCUCGCCAAUGUACGCAAAUUCAACCACCACUCCAGAUCCAUUCGCCAGGGCUCAAGCUGUGUAUGCACACGUGAUUGACAAGACGCUUUCGUAUGGCACUACCAGUGCAGCCUAUUACGCGACAGUCGAUGUACCAGCAACAAAUCUCCUUGCAAGUCUUGCUCUCCAGAAAGGCCAACGUGCCUACAUCGGACGCACUUGUAUGGAUAACCAGGAGUACAACCCGGAAUAUUACCGGGACGAAUCACCCGAAGAUGCGCUCAACAAGACACUUGCGACGAUCAAGCAUAUCCAAGACAUCGACCCGUCAGGGGAACUGGUUGCUCCCAUCAUCACCCCUCGCUUUGCACCCGCGGUCACAAAUCAGUCCAUGACGAUGUUGGCUGAAUUGGCCAAUAACAUGAGCCUCCGCAUUCAGGCUCAUGCGGACGAGAAUGUUGGCGAAGUCAAAUUAGUGGCGGAAAUGUAUCCCGAAUCGUCCUCCUAUGUUGGUGUUUAUGAUGACCAUGGACUCUUGACCAAUCGAACCAUCCUAGCACACGGCGUCCAUAUGACGGAUGCAGAAAUUGCCCUGGUCGCCGCUCGAGGUGCGGGAGUUGCUCAUUGCCCAGCCAGCAAUUCAGCUCUUGGUUCUGGGAUCUGUCAUGUGCGGAAGCUCAUUGAUGCCGGCGUCACAGUUGGGCUUGGAACAGAUGCAGCAGGCGGAUACUCCGCCAGCGUACUGGAAACAGCAAGGCAGGCAUUCUUAGUAAGCCGGCUGCUGAGUUUCCAAGAGGGUCAAAAUGCAAGCCUCAGUGUACCAGUUACUGAGGUCUUGUACCUCGGAACCAUGGGCGGAGCAAAACUCACCGGCAUGGAAGGAAGACUGGGUGGAUUUGCUCCUGGUAUGCUAUGGGAUGUACAAGAGAUUCAACUGGGCAACUGGGAGACCGAACCGGUUGACAUCUUUGGUUGGGAGAACUGGCACGACAGAGUCCACAAGUGGGUAUGGAACGGUGAUGAUAGGAAUGUUAAUCGUGUCUGGGUAGGCGGAAGAUUGGUCCAUCAAAAAUGA